AUGCAUUUGACCAGGCCAAAGUCCUCGAAAGGGCGUAGUCGACCCAACCUGAGCCACACGCCAAACAUGGAUGUGGUUGACAGCUUCCACAACACACCUCUGAUCCCGAAGCCUCCUUCAAUGGGCUACGACAGGUCCGGUCGUUGCCUCCGCUCCCACUCUCGCUCUCAAUCCCUCUUCAGGCAGAGCAACCAGCUGAGCGUGAAACAAGACCCAGACUACCUAGAUACGGUUCCCGAGGUACCCUCUCUUCCCUUCCCUUGGAACAAAUACAAGCCCCUCCCCUCCAUUGAGAAGAAGCCGUCAGAGGAGGGUGUCUCUUUGAGGGGCAUGGAGGAGAAGACAUCCAAGCUCAGCCUGUCCGACAGCCUCAUUGUCCAGGCUCGGCAAGGGCACGGGGAGCAUCAGCUGUCCUCAGUGAGGAUCCGAUCAGUAUCCCGGAGCAACCCGGAGAUAGGCAACAUGUCAGAGGUGCUUUGCAAGGUCUGCCCCACUCCCAACCCUCCGGGCCUCAGCGUGAUGGCCACAACCCCAGAGGCAGAAAGCCCACCAGUAUUCUCCCCUGGCACUCCUGAUCCUUUGAGCUUACUCCUUGCCAUCCGGGCUCCGUGUGGUAGGAGGUUUGAGUACCACUUCCUACCCACAGACACCCUACUGACGGUGCUUGCCAGUGCAGAGGCCAGAUAUGGGGCCAGAUAUGAGCAUGGUUACAUUGAGAUCGUGGAUGGCUACGUUAAGAGUGGUGCGGAUAGACCCCUCCGAAGGACAUUCAUAGACCUGAACAUGACUUUGGCCCAAUGUGGCAUCUUAAAUAGAUCAGUACUGUGCAUCUUUCAGGAGGAUAUGGACUCUGCCUGA